AUGUCUGUCAACAAUUCAUUAUCAACAAAUAUCGAAUCAUGGUUGAUUCCAAUCGAUAUUCUUGAUAUUAUCUGUCUCUCUUCGGUCAUUAUACUUGUAUUAAUAUAUUUAGUUAUUAUCAUAUUCGAUAAAACAUUUCAUACAGUUCCCAUGAUACUUAUUGCUAAUUCAUGUUCAGCUGAACUUAUUUUAUCAAGUAGUCUUUUUUGGACGGCGAUAUUUACAUUACAAAAUGAUCUUAAACGACAAUCAUAUGAAGAUUCAUUUUGUAUUUUCCGUGGUUAUAUCGGUUAUGUGGCAUGUUGUGCACAGAAUUAUUCGUAUUUCCUACAAGCAAUCUAUCGUUAUUUAAAAGUUAUUUAUCCCACUCGUUUAUUUUGGCAAUCAAAACGAGUUCAAAUUUUUCUUAUUAUCUUCAUGUGGAUUGUGUCAUUUACAUUUGCUUUUCCACAUAUAUUCACUGAUGCAAUCACAUAUCUUGUUGAUAAUCAAAUGUGUCAAAUGCCGUUACAUUUCUCUAUUCUAGCAGUUUAUAAUACAUUUUUUCUCUACAUAAUACCAAUGAAUUGUAUUAUAUUUAUUUAUUUUAAAUUAGUUCGAUAUGUUAAAAAAAUGAGUUAA